AUGAUUGUGAUCCGGAGUGAGAGGGUGAGGCACAGGAGGCGGUGGCUAACGAGGCUCCAGUGGGGGGCCCUCUUGUGCGUGAUGGUCCUCAUCUAUGGCUCUCACGCGCCUCUCAUCGCUCUGAGCAAAGUGGACCAGCGUGUGCCCUUUGACCCCUCCUCCUGCGUGCUCAUGAUCGAGCUGACCAAGCUGCUCGUCUCCUUCGCCGCUUUCGCCGCCACCGACGGUGCGUCCGCCUCGCUUGCCCUUCCCUCCCCGGCCCUGGCGGCCCCGUACGCCGUCCCCGCCGCGCUGUACGCCCUCAACAACAACCUGGUGGUCCUCAUGCAGGCCUAUAUGGAUCCCAGCUCCUUCCAAGUCCUCAGCAACCUUAAAAUCGCCGCCACGGCUCUGCUUUACUCACUGUGUCUCGGCAGGAGGCUGCGCCGGGGUCAGUGGCUCAGUCUGGGGCUCCUGAUGGCGGCGGGAGCGUGCCACAGCUACAGCAGCCUGGGUCCAGCGGAGGGGGCGGCGGCCAGGCUUUACAUCACCGCAUGGGGGCUCUUCCUCAUGUGGGUGUACUGCUGCGUCUCUGGGCUGGCGGCUGUUUACACAGAAAGGACGCUGAAGAGCCAAAAUCUUCCACUCAGCCAACAGAACCUCUACCUCUAUGCGUUUGGUGUGCUCAUCAACGGGAUGUCGUCCUUCUCCGCCCUGGCGAGCGACAAAAGCUUCCUAGAAGGAUACUCCUGGCCCGUUUGGGCCAUCAUUGCAGGGCAGGCGGCCAACGGCCUCCUGAUGUCCGUGGUGCUGAAGCACGGCAGCGGCAUUACGCGACUAUUCGUCAUCUCCUGUUCCAUGCUGGUCAAUGCUUUGUUGUCCUGGGCCUUCUUAGGGCUGCAGCUCACCUUCUUCUUCGUUCUGCCCGUUUCCAUGGUCGGCCUGGCAGCUUACCUUUACUACACAUAGCUGAAAUGUGUGACUAUGUCUGCCUUUUCAUCCUGCACUAAUGUGAACGUGACUUUUUAAAGGCCUACUGAAAUGAGAUUUUCUUAUUUAAACAGGGAUAGCAGGUCCAUUCUAUGUGUCAUACUUCAUCAUUUCGCGAUAUUGCCAUAUUUUUGCUGAAAGGAUUUAGUAGAGAACAUCCACGAUAAAGUUCCCAACUUUUGGUGGCUAAUAAAAAAGCCUUGCCUGUACCGGAAGUAGCAGACGAUGUGCGCGUGACGUCACGGGUUGUGGAGCUCCUCACAUCUGAACAUUUUUUAUAAUCAUAGCCACCAGCAGCAAGUGCAAUUCGGACUGAGAAAGCGAUGAGUUCCCCAUUUGAGCAAGGAUGAAAGAUUCUAGGAUGAGGAAAGUUAGAGUGAAGCAAAAAAAAAAAGAAAAAGCGAGGGCUCCAGGCGACGGCAGUGUGAGCGAUUCAGACGUUAUUAGACACAUUUACUAGGAUAAUUUUAGAAAAUCCCUUACCUGCUUAUUGUGUUAAUAGUGUUUUAGUGAGAUUAUAAAGUCAUACCUGAAAGUCGGAGGGCUGCGGUGAACGCCAGUGUAUCUGAGAGAAGCCAAUGGAGGAGCCAAGAUCACAGCUGCCUUUUUGACAGCUACAGGAGGAGGUCGCGUAAUCCACUCAAGUCUCCGGUAAGAGCCGACUUAAUAUCACAAUUUUCCCAUCCAAAAACAUGUUCGCUUGACCGCUCUGUGUUAAAGCUUCACAACAAACAAACACCGGCUGUGUCUCGGUGCUAAAGGCAGCUGCAAUCCACCGCUUUCCACCAACAGCAUUCUUAUUUAGUGUCUCCAUUAUUAAUUGAACAAAUUGCAAAAGAUUCAGCAACACAGAUGUCCAAAAUACUGUGUAAUUAUGCGAUGAAAAGAGACGACUUUUAGCCGUAAGUGGUGCUGGCUAAUAUGUCGCCUCCAACCAAUAACGUCACAAACACGCGUCAUCAUUCCGCGACGUUUUCAACAGGAAACUCCGCGGGAAAUGUAAAAUUGUAAUUUAGUAAAGUAAAGCGGCCGUAUUGGCAUGUGUUGCAAUGUUAAUAUUUCAUCAUUGAUAUAUAAACUAUCGGACUGCGUGGUGGCCAGUAGUGGCUUUCAGUAGGACUUUAACUUAUACAGUCACUGGCCACUUAAUUAGGUAUGCAUCGUUGUUUCCACUUUACUUGUGACCAGGCCAGGGCAAUUAUUUUGACUCGGGGGAUGGGGGGAACAUUUAGAGGAAAAAAAUGUCCCUGGGGGCCUAUUUUUAGGAACACUAAUGCAAAACCUCACUAUAAUUUCAGAUUGAAUGCUAAAAACGUUAUGGGAUUUUAAAUUUUUUUACUGAAUGAGACACCCAGAAUGUACAUGAAAAUAAAGAAUGUGGGAUUUAAAAUAUUAACUAUGAACAAUAAAACACUGAAUAUUGACAACAUGUGAACGUCACACCCCCUCUCGAUUGACAUAUUUUUAAAUUCAAGCAAAACGUAGUCGGUUUGCAGCCGAGUCUGAAGUGACUGGGAUGAGAUUCAGCACCUCCAAGUCCGAGUCCAUGGUUCUCGCCCGGAAAAGGGUGGAGUGCCAUCUCCGGGUUGGGGAGGAGACCCUGCCCCAAGUGGAGGAGUUCAAGUACCUCGGAGUCUUGUUCACGAGUGAGGGAAGAGUGGAUCAUGAGAUCGAGAGGCGGAUCGGUGCGGCGUCUUCAGUAAUGCAGACGCUGUAUCAAUCCGUUGUGGUGAAGAAGGAGCUGAGCCGGAAGGCAAAGCUCUCAAUUUACCGGUUGAUCUACGUUCCCAUCCUCACUUAUGGUCAUGAGCUUUGGGUUAUGACCAAAAGGACAAGAUCACGGGUACAAGCGGCCCAAAUGAGUUUCCUCUGCCGGGUGGCGGGUCUCUCCCUUAGAGAUAGGGUGAGAAGCUCAAAGUAAAGCAGCUGCUCCUCCACAUGGAGAGGAGCCAGAUGAGGUGGUUCGUGCAUCUGGUCAGGAUGCCACCCGAACGCCUCCCUCGAGAGGUGUUUAGGGUACAUCCGACCAGUAGGAGGCCACAGGGAAGACCCAGGACACGUUGGGAAGACUAUGUCUCCCGGCAGGCCUGGGAACGCCUCGGGAUCCUCCGGGAAAGAGCUGGAUGAAGUGGCUGGGGAGAGGGAAGUCUGGGCUUCCCUGCUUAGGCUGCUGCCCCCGCGACCCGACCUCGGAUAAGCGGAAGAAGAUGGCUUUAUAACUUUGUGGUAAAUAUCUUCUUCCACGUCUGUCCCUGACACCCACAUUUCAGGCUGGCCGCUCUGGAAACACUCUGUGGAAACGCUCCCCACCCACACUACUUGAUGCCUCGUCUGAGCUGCUGUGACUUAGAUGACCAUAGUUACUAAUUAGAUUACCAUCCAUCCAUCCAUUCUCUACCGCUUGUCCCUUUCGGGGGGUGCCGGAGCCUAUGUCAGCUACAUAACCAUAGUAACUAAUUAGAUGACCAUAGUAACUAGUAUAUCAUGCAAAUGCACAGACUCCUACCAUUGAAAUAUUUUGUGUAAUUGAAGAAUUACGGUCAUUAGAAAACUUCACUGCACAUUAUAAUGGCAGCAAAAUAUUUGGGAAUGUCCGGCGGGCCAGAUUGAAAAGUCUAACAGGCCUUAAUUUGCCCAGGUUUGUUUUAGAUUGACAAACAUUUAUUUGGUCAAUAUGUUAAAUAUUUAGGUGUAGCGAUGCUAUAAUGUGCCUCUCAUGCUGCUUAACAGCACAAUAAUAGGAAGAACCACUGCAAUAGAAGCAUAUUUGUAAAAGACUUUGUGUUGGAUGUCAUUAAAUCGUGCAGGUGCGCCUACAGAA